AGAAGAACAGAGAACCAUCUUGUGAGAAAAUGAUAAACUCUUGUUGUGUUGUGAAUUGCAAGAACAGCCAACACAAUAACAAAUCUUGUCAAUAUUUCACUGUUCCCGUCUUGAGAAAACAUGAGGGGCCUAAGGCCAAGGCAAUUUCAAAACAAAGAAUUCAACAACUGUUGAAAAUCAUUAACAGAAAAGAUUUCACAGAGAAAUCCAUUAAAAGCAAGGAGAGCCUGACUGUGUGUACUUACCACUUAGUCUCAGGCAAACUUUGCCCAAAACUGGAAGGAGAUGAAGUAAGAAACUGUACAGUAUCUGAACAUGUAUGUAACAAAGCUAUUAAUAGACUGCUGCCCGUACCAGCUGACCAGUCAUGUGGGACACUGCAGACAGAGGUGACUGCUAUAGAAAACCAGGCACUUGCUGAUAACAUCUUAGACAAUGUGGAAAUGGAAUGCACUAUAAGCAGCCAAAAUAAUGAUGAACUAAACUAUGACACAUUUAGAAAAGAUGAGCAUGAACACUCUAAUAACUCUCCAUCUCCUAAUGAAAGUUUUCUUUUACGUUCUAUAGAUGAUUUGACCACACAAUGCAGCGCUCCAGCAGAACAACCUUAUCCUGUGAGGUAUUACACUCGUAAUUGUUUCACUUUCUUUUAA